AAGAAACUACUUUUUUACCAUUUUUGCGCAGUCUUAACUCUUAAGUGUCUUUCUUCUCCGACGAGGUCACCGGAGCUAGCGGCGGAAGACGUUCUACUUCAGGUUUCUGGUGGUCAUGGAUACAAGGAAGGUUACAGUCUUCUGUUAUUGGAAUGGUUGCAUCAAAGAUGGUUAUGAUGGUCCAUUCUAUGAAGGAUCAAGUCCAAGAGCAAUCAGAGUUGACAGCAAAAUCGAACUAUCCCAGUUGUUGGAUGAUCUGCAUCGAGUUACUGGUUUUGAAAAGGGAAAGUAUCAGAUUGAUUUGAUUGGUAGGUACCCUUCCAUUGUUCAACAACAGAUGGUCAAGUAUGUGCGUUUGCCCAUUGUGGAUGAUUGUAGUUUGAUGAUAAUGCUGGAGGUUCUAAGUCACCAUCCUUCUAUCAAUAAUGUGGAGUUGUAUCUAGAGGUCAAACCGGUUUCUGAUCAGGCGACCCGAAAGCGUUCUCGGCAAGAGGAUACUUAUGCUGAUGGGAGUGUGAGAGAUAACACAUUAGGAAUUCCACUGGAGCAUAAUAGCAACGGGUGGAUUGAAGAUGAUGAGAAUAUGGAUGAUGGAGAAUAUGGAAUUGGUGGUGGUAAAGCCGCUGCACAGAAGGAUUCUAGGAUGACAAAGUCAGGUCUAAUGAAAGGGGUCUGCGAUAGUGUCUCAAAGAAGGUGAUUUUCUCUAAUUCAUGGCUUGAUGAACGUGAGUUGCAUGUUGGGAUGGUUUUUAGAGAUAAAGUUGAACUGGAGAAAGCAGUGGAGUUGUACUCUAAUAGAAGACAACGUGAGUACAUCGCGUACGAAGACAAUAUAUUCACGUGCAAGAAAAGGAAAGUCUGCGGGUGGGUUCUCAAGGCAGCUGAAACGAAGAGCCAUGGCUUUGAGAUAACAGAAUAUACAGAUGCACAUACUUGUAAGCCAGUAGAUGUGGGCUCAGAUUUUCUUGCAGGUGAAAUCAAAGGUCUACUAAAAGCUCAGCCCUCGCUCGCAAUUGCAGAGCUGAUUAAGUGGGUGAAAAAAGAAUUUGGCUACGGAGUUUCCGAUGAUAGUAUGCGGAAUGCUAAAAAGAAAGCAAUCACUGCAAUCUUGGGAGAUUUGGACAAGAGUUUUAGCGUGUUGCCAAAGUUCAUGGCAGCUCUCUCCUCAUCUAAUAAGAUGCUUUUAGAUUGGCAAUAUGAUAGUUUCUCUGAUCGCAGAGAUGCAUCCUUUCGUUCUGUGUUUUUUACGUUUCAGCAGUCAGUUGAAGGGAUUCCUCACUGCAGACCUCUCAUUUUAGUGGAUACGGUGGACUUGAGUGGCAAAUACCCUGGGAAAUUGUUGGUUGCAGCUGGGUUAGAUGCUGAAAACAGUCUUUUCCCACUUGCGUUUGCGAUUACUACCGAAGAAAGUUUGUCAGCUGAUACUUGGCGUUGGUUCUUUGCGUGCAUCAAAAAGAAAGUGACGCAAAGGGAAGGCCUUUGUCUGAUAACAAGUCUGAGUCCUGACAUCGCUGCAGUUGUUAAGGAACCUGAGUGUCAGUGGGUGCAACACCGGUUCUGUCUUAGGCAUCUGUGCUUCAAGUUUUAUGAUGUUUUCAAUAACAAUCUCAUGACAGAGUUUGUAUACAAGGCUGGAUCCACGAAAUACAUAUCAAUCUUUGACAAGUACUUGAAGAAAAUCGAAGAGAUGAAUCCGGAGGCUCGGAAAUGGUUAGACCAGAUACCUCUGCACCAAUGGGCUUUGGCUCACGAUAGUGACAGGCUGAGAUACGGGAUCAUGACUACAAACUUAAUCUUUACAACUUACAGUUUUGUAAACAAGUCCCGUGAUCUUCCAAUCACAGCCUGCAUCUUGCUAAUCUUUGAUCACCUGGCAGAGCUUUUCAAAUCGCGACAUGGUCUUCUCGAGGAGUCUCUAAAGAACAGAGGAGAGGUGUAUGCUAAACAUGUCAUGAAAAAGCUAGAAGAGUACAAGUUAACCUCUAGNAUACGAAAGAAAGUGACGCAAAGGGAAGGCCUUUGUCUGAUAACAAGUCUGAGUCCUGACAUCGCUGCAGUUGUUAAGGAACCUGAGUGUCAGUGGGUGCAACACCGGUUCUGUCUUAGGCAUCUGUGCUUCAAGUUUUAUGAUGUUUUCAAUAACAAUCUCAUGACAGAGUUUGUAUACAAGGCUGGAUCCACGAAAUACAUAUCAAUCUUUGACAAGUACUUGAAGAAAAUCGAAGAGAUGAAUCCGGAGGCUCGGAAAUGGUUAGACCAGAUACCUCUGCACCAAUGGGCUUUGGCUCACGAUAGUGACAGGCUGAGAUACGGGAUCAUGACUACAAACUUAAUCUUUACAACUUACAGUUUUGUAAACAAGUCCCGUGAUCUUCCAAUCACAGCCUGCAUCUUGCUAAUCUUUGAUCACCUGGCAGAGCUUUUCAAAUCGCGACAUGGUCUUCUCGAGGAGUCUCUAAAGAACAGAGGAGAGGUGUAUGCUAAACAUGUCAUGAAAAAGCUAGAAGAGUACAAGUUAGCCUCUAGAACACUCGACGUAUUGCCUAUAGACCAGACUGCAGAGAGGUUUCAGGUCACAAAAGUGCUGCAAACUGUAAACAAGAAAUAUUUUGUUCACUGCAGGGAUCGAGGUUGCACGUGUCAGACAUGGCAAGUUUACAAGUAUCCGUGUUCGCAUGUGUUAGCUGUUUGCAGGAGGCUGAACUAUGACCAUUUGCAGUAUGUAAAUGACUUCUACAAGACAGAGAGUUUUCUUGGAGUUUAUGCUGCUGAGUUUAAUCCACUUCCAGGAGUCUCCAAUUGGCCAGAAGCUUCCGAUGUUCCAACGCUGUUUCCUCCUGGAAGUGGUGAGAUAUCAGUUUUCCUGCCAGUGGCUAGCGAGUCACCCUGCGGGAAGUCAUCUAAGCCAAAUGAUGCGGACAUGGGAGCGAUAGGAGGAAGCGAAACGAGACGAUCAGCGCGACCAAAGAAGCCGAACAGCAGAUAUGUCAAAUAA